AUGGCUCUGCAAGCUCUCUUCUCACCUUUCCUUGUCUCUACAACCCUCCUCUUCCCUCUUCAUUCAUCAAAAAUUCCUGUUACCCUUCGUAACUCUAAAUCUACUCGUUGUGUUGCAAAUGUUAUAACUGUUGAUGAUCACACAAUUACUAGACGAUCAGCAAAUUACCUGCAAAGUGUCUGGGACUAUGAUUUUGUUCAAUCACUUACUAGUGAUUACAACGAAGAGAAAUAUGUGAGACAAGUUGAUAAGCUAAAAGAUGACGUAAAGUGCCUCAUUAAUGGGGUGAUGGACCCGUUGGCUAAGCUUGAGUUGAUCGACGUUAUUCAAAGACUGGGAUUAAAGUAUCUAUUUGAGACCGAGAUCAAAAAAGCACUAGAUAUCAUAUAUAAAGAUAGUAAUAUUGCAUGGUUAAGUGAUGAUCUAUUUGCAAUAGCCCUCCGAUUUAGGCUCCUGAGACAACAUGGUUAUAAUGUACCCCAAGGUGUGUUUGAAAGGUUUAGGGACGAGACAGGUAAUUUCAAGAGAAAUCUUUUUGAGGAUGUGGAGGGGCUAUUGAAUUUGUACGAAGCCUCUUUCUUUGGUCUAGAAGGUGAAGAUAUCAUUGAUCAGGCCAAGGCUUUUACGACGACACAUUUGAAAGGUAUCAUCAGAGACAUACCGCCAAGCAUGUCCAGAAAAGUAGUUCAUGCUUUGGAUAUGCCUUUGCAUUGGAGAUUGACAAGAGUGGAAGCUAGAUGGUUCAUCGAUGCAUAUGAGCAAGAACAAAACAUGAACCCACCUUUGUUACUGCUGGCUAAGUUGGAGUACAACAUAGUGCAAGCCAUUCAUCAGAAAGAAGUUAGCAAGUUAGCAAGGUAG